GGGAAGACAUUUGAAGAUUUUUAUCAAUCAUCCGUUAAGAACCUUUCUUCUACUUUUAUGGCAAGGAACGCACUUUACGCUGUAUUGGCAGGAAUGGUUAUCAUUUAUGUACAAGGACGUCAACAGAAAGCUCAGGAAAAGCUUGAUGGAGGUUUGUCUGGAUAUGGACCCUGGUCAGCUUGUGAUCAAGUUUGUGGGCAUAAUGGAACACAAAAAAGAACUCGUACUUGUGGCGACCUUGAUGGAAAGGACUGUAUCGGAGAUCCACUUAUUCGCAGUUGCAACAGUACUAACUGUCCACACCCCUGCAGUUUCGAUGGCUUCUUGAUACAGCUCCUAAAUGUGUUCGACCCUACAAUAGUAGUCAAUAACAAUCAGAUUGCAACUUUUUCUGAAAUAUGGAAAGGUAAACAAUGA